CAUAAAGCCAGAGGAUUUUAGUGGAUACUCCAUAAGGGAGAUCCUUUUUCUAGGAUUAUUCUGAGUGUCUACUAAUUGCUUAAACCUGGGGACAACAUAACAGGUAGAAGAUGAGGUCCAAAAGCAGCAGGGUAGAGAGCCCGGCCAGCGGGGUUCUUGGGGCACCACAGGGCGACCAUGGCAUCAGUCAAGAACAAGAGGUGGGUAUACCCGUGAAGAGCCUGAAGGCCAAAGUUCAGCAAAAGGAGGGUGAAGAUAAGGCAAAGGUCGAGAUGAUCUCUGACGAAGAGAAGCUACUGUUGGAUUCCCCUGAAGCAGGUGAAAAAAGAAGGGAUAUCAUGGAUCUGUCUAAAGAGGAUUUACUCAAACUGCUGGGGAUCAUGGAAGGAGAGGUUCAGGCCAGAGAAGAUGUUAUCUUCAUGUUAAAGUCUAAACAGACUCUUGCAGAGGCCUGUGAAUCACGUUAUGGUUCUGCGGUCCCUGGCUCAGCCCUCCAGGCCCUGCAGAGAGACGGCUUCAUCACCGGUACAGAGCCACACAACCACAGUGUCUACCAAAAACCUAUGGUUGAGCUGGAGCGUCUGCAGGAGAAACAUAGGGAGACCUAUCGGAGGAUGCUGGGUCAGUUGCUGCUUGCUGAGAAGUGCCAUCGUAGCACUGUCCAUGAACUGGACACAGAGAAACGUAAACACGCCGACUACAUGAACAAGAGCGAUGACUUUACCAACCUCUUGGAGCAAGAGAGAGAAAGACUGAAGAGGCUGCUUGAGAAUGAGAAGACCUUCCAGGUAAAAAAAGAGAAGGAGCACUCUAAACGUCUGGCCAAGGUGCGAGAGGAGCUGGUCAGGCUGAAGUCCUUUGCUCUAAUGCUGGUCAAUGAGCGCCAGCACCACCUGGAGCAAAUAGACCAACAAAGCCAGCGGGUCCAGGAACUCAGCCAGAAGCUGCAGCAGCAGGAACAGGCACUGAAUGAAGCCAGGGAGCAUACUCAGGAAGAUGGCCACAGGGUGCUGAGCCUGGAAGCUGAACUUAAAGAGAAAUCUGCCAAGUUCACCCAGCAACAUGAGGAGAUGAAUGCCAAACUGGCCAGUCAAGAACUUCACAACCGUCAACUCAAUACCAAACUUUUGGGGCUUAUGCAUAAAGUGGAAGAUUUAGAGGAGAGCAACAGGACAUUGAGGAAAUCUGAGGAGAAAUUGCAGGAGCUCAGGGCUAAGAUUAGCAAAGGGGAAUGUGGCAACUCCAAUUUGAUUGCUGAGUUGGAAAACUUGCGGAAGCGGGUGCUGGAGAUGGAAGGAAAGGAUGAGGAGAUCACAAAGACUGAAAAUCAGUGUAAGGAGCUAAGAAAAAGGCUACAAGAGAAGGACAGUAAGCAUCACGAACUCAGGCUGGAGGUGGAGAAGCUCCAGAAAAGAAUGAUAGAGUUAGAGAAACUUGAGGGUGAGUUCACCAUCAGCAAGUCUGAGUGUGCACAGUUACAUACAACUUUAGAGAUUGAGAGGGGCCUGACCAAAGACCUCUCAGAUGAAGUUGUGGCUCUCCGGAUCCGUAUGAAAGAGGUAGAGUCUUCUGAACUCAAGUUGGAAAAGUCUGAGCUGAGCCUUAAGGAUGACUUGAGUAAGCUGAAGUCUUUGACUGUGGCUUUAAUAGAAGAACGAAAGGCCUUAAUGGAAAGAAUGAAAUCAGAUGAAAAGAAAAAGGAUGAUUUAAGUAAGAUGGUCAAAGCUGAGCAGGAAAAAGUUAUGGAAGUAACAGAGAAACUGAUAGAAGAAAGCAAAAAACUCCUGAAGUUAAAAUCAGAGAUGGUAACCAAAGUAGAAACUUUAACCACAGAAAAGGGGGAGCUAAGCACUAAGCUAGCUUAUGAAAUUGAUAAAUUGAACGAUCUGAAUGCAAAGGUUAGUCAAAUGAAAAAGAGGUUAGAUGCGUUUGAGCAAGCAGAAAAGCUAUUAGUGAAGAAUUCAGUAAAAUACGAACUGGGAAAAGUGCCCGACCCUGUUAGAAGAGAAGACAACAGAGUUAAGGAACUGACAUUUGAAAUUGAGCGCCUGAAAAAUCGUCUAAAACAACUUGAAGUGGUAGAGGGAGAUUUGAUCAAGACAGAGGACCAGUAUGACAUGUUGGAGAAAAGGUUUAUUAGUGAACAAGACAAAGCCAACAUCCUGUCACAGCAGGUAGAGGAAAUGAGGAGUCAGAUAGCGCGGAACAAAGCAGUCGAGAAAGGAGAGGAAGACAGCCAGGAAGACCUUCGACAACGAUGCAUGAGAGAGGAGGUCAAAACCAGAGAACUGCAGUCUGAUGUGAUAGCCCUCAAGGAGAAAAUCCAUGAGCUAAUGAACAAGGAAGACCAGCUUUCUCAGCUGCAAGUGGACUACUCUGUCCUACAGCAGAGGUUCUUGGAGGAAGAAGAGAAAGCCAAGAACAUGGGUAAUGAAGUCUCUCAUCUCACCCAGGAGCUGGAGCUAGCAAAGCGACAUAGUCGAGCACUCCGGCCCAGCUUGAAUGGGAGGAGAAUAGUGGACGUUGCUGUGACAACCACAGGAGUACAAACAGAGGUAUCUCCAAAUGGACCCACAGAGGAGGAUACCCCAGCUGUGUUCAUCAGAAAGUCUGUUCAAGAAGAAAAUCACAUCAUGAACAAUCUCAGAUGGAAGUGCCUGAAGAAGCCAACAGAAAGGAGCAGUGCUAUUGAGCGUUGCCUUUCAUCUAGCAGUGACCUAGGUAUGAAGAAAUCCUGGAUUCCCUGGAUGAGAAAGAAGGAUAAUGUCCCUGAAGAGACUAACCUAGAAAAGCCUGUGCAUGUUAAUGGAGACCAUUUGCCCUCUGAACUGACCACGUCCCCAAAGCAAGGACAGCCUUUACAUAUCCGAGUAAGACCAGACCACCAAAACAACAUGGCCAGUCUUGAAAUCAGCAGCCCUAAUACUGAGGAUGUUUUCUCUAGUUCAGCUCCCAUCACCCCCAGCCCAUUUCAGCCUAAAUCCAGAAUCACGAUCAUUCCCACCUACUCGGCUUCAACCCCCAGGAGAAAACCCACCACUGGACCCCAUGGUCCUGAAAGAGCCAGGUCUCCUGUAACCAUCACAGCCAUAUCCAGAGCCAAGUCUCCGGAAGGCAGCCGAGCUUCUUCCUCUGUCACAGGAAGGCCCUUAUCCCCUGUCUCUCUUAUGACAGUCAGCACUGCUGUAGCAUCUGAAGCAUCCACAUCCCCAGAGACCCAAGAGUUGACCAUGGGCCGAGCUGUGUUCAAGGUUACCCCCGAGAAGCAGAUGGUCCCUUUGCCUAUACGAAAGGGCCACAACAACACUAGCAUCAUCACCACCACUGACGAUAACAAGAUUCACAUUCAUCUAGGAAACAACAUCACCCCAAAGAUGGUAGUCAGGCCAGUGGCUGCUGUAACAGACAGCAAGGAAAUGACCCUAUCAACUGGGACAGUUUUGCGCUCCCCCCGUCAAAUCACCACUACUGCUACCAGGAGUACACAGAGCAAAGUACUGAGCAGUAUCACUAUAUCCCCUGUCACAUCUACCACUUCCAGACCCACACAAAGCAUGUGCUCCCCUCUCUUUAUUCUCAUGCCUGAGAAACUAUACUCUCUCCCUGUUGUCAAACAGACUGGGCACGAUGCCCAGCCACCUCGCACAGGGCUGACCCGCAUCCCAAUGUCCAAGAGCCUGAAGACGGGGAAAGCAGUGAUGGGAGCUCUUGGAAUGUCAGGUGGUAUGAAACUGGAGCCACGAACUGAGACUCAGUCUAUGAAGAUAGAAGUUAAGAAAUCCAAUGUGACUAGUAAUGCUUUCCAAAAUGGAGGAAAAGUCUGACUGAUAUAAUAACAUCAACAAAAUACUUAAGCACUUGGUGCUGCUGAGAGAUGUACCAACAAAGUGUCUCUGUAAAACUCAGCUAGUGCACAGAGGCAUUUUGUUAAAUUAAAUAUGGUAUUAGUUUUUAAUUUUUGUUUCUUGUACUUGACUCAUAUCGAUUUCUUUUAUUUAAAUGUAAACAUAAUUUUGG